AGGUCGGUGCGCGCGCAGGGGCGGGAGGGGGAGUCUGGGUGGGAGCGGGUACAGGCGACGGGUCAGGGGCCGCAUCACCAACACGGACACAGACCGGAGAAGACACGAGUCCAUGGAGAGGCGAGUCUCUCCCGUGUCAUUUACAUCCACAGCCGCAAACCUCCUCUAACCUCGGGCCGGCUCUCCUCCUGGCUCUCCGCAGUGGGUGUGAGUCGGGUGGUCGUGGAAGGAAAUCCCUGCGUGCGGGAAGGGAGAGGUGCGACUGGGGUCGCCGUGACUGCAGCCGGGGAAGGAGGAGGAGCCGCCGCCUCUAUGAUGAAGUUUAAGCCGAACCAGACUCGGACUUACGACCGGGAGGGUUACAAAAAGAGAGCGGCCUGUUUGUGCUUCAGGAACGAACGGGAAGAUGAGGUACUUUUAGUCAGCAGUAGUCGUUAUCCAGAUCAGUGGAUUGUACCAGGUGGAGGAAUGGAGCCCGAAGAGGAGCCGGGUGGUGCAGCAGUGAGGGAAGUGUAUGAAGAGGCUGGAGUAAAGGGGAAGUUAGGACGGCUCUUGGGAAUCUUUGAGCAGAACCAAGACAGGAAGCAUAGGACGUACGUUUAUGUUCUUACAGUAACUGAAGUACUUGAAGACUGGGAAGAUUCAGUAAACAUUGGGAGGAAGAGAGAGUGGUUUAAAGUUGAAGAUGCCUUGAAAGUUCUGCAGUGUCACAAACCAGUACAUGCAGAGUAUUUGGAAAAGUUGAAAUUAGGAUGUUCCCCAACCAAUGGAAAUUCAGUAGUAUCCACCCUACCUGACAACACCUCUCUUUAUGUUACUUCUGCACAGACUUCUAGCCUGCCAUCGACUGUGAGAUAAAUAUUUUGAGCUCUGGGGUGACUUACUGCUCAUGUUCAUUCAUAUGGAGAAUGGCCUUUGAUGUUCUCAUGCCAACAUUAUAUUUUGACCUGGAUUCCUGAACACAGUCUACAGAAAACAUUUUUUUUUUUCUUUCUUUACAACGUGUUUUGAAAUUUUGGGUUUUUAACAAUGUAUAAUAGUGUUUCAUCAAACCAAAGCCAUAUGGAUUUUUUUAGAUGCCUUAAAAGGCCAUUUUCUCCCAUCUUACGUCUUUUCAGCCACUACCAUUGAGAUCUAUGUAUGAAUUUUAUGUGGUGACAAAGUCAAAUUUAUUUUUCCCAACUGUGUGCUGGGAGAACUUUUCUUCACUGCUGGAUGCACGGUGGGCCUAUAGUGCCAUGCAUUUGUGGUUCUCCUUGUAGUAAAUAAGCAUGGAUUGCAGAGGAAAUAGUGGCACUUUUGGGAUAAGUAUGUGAAAUGUUUACCGUACAAAUAGUUUUGUCCUGAAUUGUUUUUUGUUAAAGGCCUGUUUUUACUCCAAUUUGAGAACACGUUUAUUGGCUUUGCGAGAACUAAAAUAUGAAUCUCCUAUAUGUAAUGUAAUUUUUGUAAUUAUUUUGUAAGAUUCUAGAAUCUCCCCUUUUCAGAGACCCAGAUACCUCCUAAAGCCAUAUCCAGCUUAAAGGCGAUGGAUCUUGUUAAAUAUCAGUAUAAAACUAUAGACUUUUCCAUGUCCAUUAAUACCUGGGCAUUGGUAAAUACCGUAAUAAGUAGCAAAAAACUGCUAAUGUUUUCCAUCUGGUACUAUAAAGGUUAUAUGUGCUUUUCAGUAGUCUAAAAAACACAUAUCUCCUUGAUUCAGUUAUUCAUAAAGUGUGCGAUUAAGUUUUAACCAUUGGUCCGUUUUCUGCUAACAACAAAGCUUUGCUUUGAAUUCAAACAAAUUAAGGUCAGAAAUGUUUUCCAUGUACAAAAAUGGCAAAUUUAUUUGAUUUCUGUUUUCGUAGUAUUUUAAUAAAAACAUAUUUGCCUUUUGAAUUAUAGGGGCAGUUUAGGAGUAAUCAUCUGAGUAGCUAUUGUAUUUGCAACAUUCAUGAUAAGCAAAUGUAAUGCAUGUUAAUUAGUAAAUGGUAUGUCACACUUUAUGAAGAAAGCAAAAGGAUUUAAAUAGAAUCUAAUAUCAUUGCAAAGAGUGUGAGCUAAACGCAGUUUCUUUCUCAGGUUAUGUACCAUUGGUUUGUACAAAUGACUUUGUAAAUACAGCAAAAAAGAUACUUCUCUAUGAAAUCCUUUUUUUCCUACUUAAUGUAAAAUCUGUCAGAUUUAAAGGGACAUGAAAGUCAAUUGCAACCUUUGUGAUUUACUUCAUUUUUGUAUAAUUUGUUGAAGAGCAUACCUAGGUUGGCUCAGGUGUGUGCGUGUGUUAAGCGGUAUAUGGCAGCAGUAUUUGCAAUAAUGUGUAUUGCAAACACUGCUGCGAUAUAGUGCACAAACUGCACUCUAUUGAGCAUAAUUAGGUCUGCUCUUCAGCAAAAGAUACCGAGAGAACAAACUAAAUGUGUUAAUAGAAGUAAAUUGGAUUUUUUUUAAGUACAUUCUCUAUCAGAAUUGUAAAAGUUUAAUUUUGACUUUCAUGUUGCUUUAAAAAUGUGUUAGAUGCCUUUAACUGUGUUGAGGCAAUGUUUUGUGAAGAAAAACCAAAGCCUCUUCAAGAGCAGGUCAUCUGUUGCAACCUUAAGAGGACAUGCGGUUGAUAAGUUCUAUGUAGAUAAGAUGUAAUUUUGCUUCAUGUGUUGACAUUAUAUUCAAUGUAUAAAUGCAUUAUGUAAAUAUUCAAACCAGUAAAUCAUCCGCGAGUGUAAAAAGAUGGUUGUUGUAAUUUAAACAUUUUGUUACUCAACACGUUUUCUUCUACUUUAACACGUGUAAUGCUGCUAUAAAUUUCAAAGAAUUGUGAUUGCUAUUACACCUUUUUUUUUUUUUUAAGAACUGUUGUGCCACAAUUGAUGUGUUCAUUAACUCUGCCUGUGCCAUAUGGUUGCCUUUAAACCUUUCAGAGUAAGUUGUACCAUGCAUAUUUAUGUUGUAAGAUAAAUCCUUUUUUAUUUAAAACUUUCUAAGGAACAAAUGCUGGAAAUAUUCAGGUUAUACUGAACAUAUCGGUUUCUGCAGAAUAUGCUUAACAGUAGGUUAAUGAUACCACCUUUUGUGUCUUCAAAGCAAUCAACAUAUCUGAUUUUUUAUAUUUCAUGUAUUUUUGUUUAUAAAAUUGAAUUCAAAUCCCAAGUCCGUAAAUUCUCAUAACUCCAGUUAUAAGAAAAAUAUAAACCGGCUUUAAAUCUAAACAAUGAUUUAUGUUUUCUUUGAUUACAUAGAUAAAGCUUUCUUCAAACAUAGAGAACCAGUUUGAUUUUUUUUUCCCCAGUAUGUAUCGUUUCCUCCUGAUAAACAAAAUAUACAAAUAUUGAUGUAUGAGAAUCUGUUGGGGGUAAAGCACACAACAAGUCUACGUUUUAAAUAUACACAUGUACUGGUGAUCUGGUCACUCCAGGUUUGUUGUGAUUAUCAUUGUGUGACUAAUUUAUGCGAUUUAUGUGACUAAAAAAAAGCAAAAAAAAGUCUUAAAAAAAAAAGAAAAACAAUCUUUUGACAGUAUGUUUUGAGUGUAUAAUGCAGAUCCUUAAACUUGACCCUCCAGAGGUUUUGGAACUACAUUUCCCAUGAUGCUCAGCCAGCUGAUAUGCUGGCUGAGCAUCAUGGGAAAUUAAGCUCCACAACCUCUAGAGGGCCAGGUUUAAGGCUGUAUGUUAUAAUGCAUCAUUUUAAACUAUCCAAUAGUGUGUUUGAUACAUAUGUAUACCGUAUUGUAGCUUCCCAGCUGAAUAUUUUGAUUUAGUUUUUCUUUUGUGGAAACCAUCUGUAGUUAUUUGUGCCAAACACAUGACCUUUUCUAACAUGCAAUUUCUAUGCAACCUUGAACAAUCACUUUAAAUGACGUUUCGUUCGUCUUUUUGUGUUAUAUGUUCAAGUUAAUCCACUUAAAAAAUCCACACUAUUCUCUGUAAGGUAUGAUGUAUGUUAUUUUUAAGACCGACUCUUAUAAACUUUGAUUCACUGGUUCACUCAAAUUUAGAAACUAUCAUAGCAAGUACUUUAGUUUGUGAAGGUUCUCAGGUCCCUUUAAUAGUUGCUGACAGCAUCUACUGUAGCCUCUAAUGGAACUUAUCUCUAUGUUUUAAAAUUGCUUGUCUAACAGCCUGGGACCUCAUACAUAGCAGUGGUUUGUAGUUUACAGAUAGAUAAAAGUAAAUUCAGCUCCCGGAUUGAAGGAGUUAAGUCAUUAGUAUAGAUUCAUUUAAUUCACCCAUAUGACUGAUUUAACUCACAGAAUCCCAGUAUGAGACAAUGUGUUUUUAAUAUGGUUUGAAUGGCAAUUGUGUGUAUGAAUUGUAAUGACCAUCACCUAAUUUUCUUUUAAAGGGACAUAAUACUCCUAUGCUAAAUCACUUAAAACUGAUGCAGUAUAACUGUAAAAAGCUGGCAGGUUAAUAUCACUUGAGCAUCUCUAUGUAAAAAAGGAAGAUAUUUUACCUCACAAUAUCCUUAGCUCAGCAAGUUCUGUGUAAAAAGUUGUAAUUCAGCUGCUGCCCAGCUGCAGGUCAUAAAAAAUGAAGAAAUGAACUGCAACCAAUUGGCAUCAACAGUGCUGAGGUCAUGAACUUACUGUGAUCUCAUGGGAUUUCAUCGUAAACUUCCUUAACGUGAAUGUCAAUUUUUGACGCUAAAGUGCAGAGUUUUUAAAAAUUUGAUUAAAAACAUGGACACUGUAAUUCAUCAAAAUUUACAUUUCACUCCUGUAAAGAAAGUUACCUUUUAAUCUUCACAGCAGCUCCAGCUUCCUCCACCCGUUGCAAAGCCUCUUCAUGGGUCUAAAAUGAGGAAUCAGGCUUCCUCUAAUCACGGCAUUGAAUCACACUGAUUCCCCCGGGGGGAAGCCGUGAUUGAAGGAUGACCUAUCCAUCAUUUCUGACGUCAGAAAUGGCUUGCAACGACCGGAGGAAGCUGGAGCUGCUGUGAAGAUUAAAAGGUAAGUUUUUUUUUUUCACAACAGGAGAGAAAUGUAAAUUGUGAUUAAUUAAAGUGUCCCUGUUUUUAAUCAAAUUUUUAAAAACCGGGCACUUUAGCAUCAAAAUUGACAUUCACUUUAAACUGAAUAGGGAAAUAACAUGAGUGCACAAGGCUCAAUCCCUUAGCUGUCAUGGGACAGACAUGCUGAUUUGCUGCUUAGAAGUCCUUUACAAUGGGAUGUGGCUACUGAGGAACUGAUAUUUUCUAGUCAGAAUUUUACAGCUAUGCUGCAUCACUUUCAAGUGUUUCAACAUUUGGGUAUCAUGGCCCUUUAAUAAGUUUAAUAAAUAAAAGCUAUGUUUUACUUUUAGUGAUGAUAUAAUUUAGCUAUACUCUUUAAAAAAAAAAAGUAAAGGUGUACACAAUGUUCUUUUGUCAAGCUCUUUUUGACCUAGUUAUCUACUAUAAUGAGACUGGUGGUGUUUAGCGUUUUUUGGCAAGCAUUGGUGUCUAGCUUUAAAAUGAGAAAAAUAAGUGCUUUCCUUGUAAACCGAAGGCUGUAAGCUAUAGCUCAAUGAUGCAAAUAUAAAUGUAAUUGUUGUCACCUGGAAUAUGAAUUUAUCAUUCUGCUACCAGUUAAGCUCAGAUGUUACCCAAUGCACCUUAGAUAGAUCAAUGGUAAUGACACAGAAGGGUAUACCAGGUGCUUUAGUAGCUGCUAUAAAGCUCUACAAAAGAAAAAAAAAUGUGAAAAUGUUAAUGCACAUUAUCGCUUGUAAAUAAACGUUUAGUAUAGAUCAUCCACAUUUGUAAAUAUUUCUGAUUGAAGUACCAAUUUGUAAAAUAAACAGUGUCACUAUA